AUGGUCGAUACCAAGCUAUCUGCUGAUGCAGGAUCUCAAGGCGACAAAGGCAGGGGGAAGGGAAGAGGCGAGAAGGCCUUGAAUGAGAAAGCACAGGCACGGAAGCGGGCGAAGCUGGAGAGGCUAAAGAAGAAACUGGCGCAAAGGAAGGCAGCCAAGCGCGGAAGUGGCAGCGAAGAGGCAGGCGAGGCGGCAGGGGGGCGAGCGGCAGUAGAGAAUGGGCGUGGGGGCGACGAGAGGGAAGGGAAGCGAAGGCGCAUGGUGAAGCACCCCAUGCGAGUGGCAGGGCAGCGGCCAGGCGAGCAGUGCUUCUCGUGCGGCGCCGCGAAUCACGCCGCCAAGGACUGCCCGAAACGAAAGGAGCGCAAAGUGUCCAAGGUGAGUACUACUCGUCGCUGCGUCUCUCUCCACCUUGCCCUUGCCUUCUGUUCCGUACUCCACCUUGCCCUUGCCUUCUGUUCCCUACUCCACGGCGUUCGCCGCCCUACUUUCUUCGAUCCUUCACUUACGUGGCUCGCUUCGGUCCCUCCUCUCUCGCCCCGUCCGUCCGCGCGGCGGUGUCCCACCAGGCCUGCCUCUUCUGCCGCCAGUGGGGCCACGUGGUCAGCGAGUGCCCGCGAGCUGCAUCGGCAUCCGCACCCGCUGUGCCGCACCCGCCAGGCGCCUCUGGCGAGCAGGGAACGGGGGUUGCGGCAUUCGAGGGAGAAAGUCGUGAGCAAGACGACAAGAGUGCGGUGGGCACAGAGGGGUUGGGAGUGGGCAUCUGCUACAACUGCGGCUCCACGCGUCAUCGCCUGCACAACUGCCCGUUGCCACGAGCCAACGGCGGAGCAGCACAUGCAGUGUGCUUUGUGUGCCAGCAGAAGGGCCAUCUAA